AUGGUAAGGAGCAGCGUGUUGAACGAUGCUCUUAAGAGCAUCUCCAUUAGAGAUAUGUGUAAUGCAGAAAAGAGAGGGAAACGCCAAGUCAUGAUAAGACCUUGUUCCAAAGUGAUCAUUAAGUUUCUCACUGUCAUGCAAAAGCAUGGUUACAUUGCAGAGUUUGAAUAUGUGGAUGAUCACAGAUCCGGUAAGAUUGUGGUUGAGCUUCAUGGAAGGCUUAACAAAUGCGGUGUUAUCAGUCCGUGA